GUGUUCGAAGUAUCCGAGGAUUUCAAAUAUUAUUUGGACCCAAGCAAGCGCGAUGACACAUAUUUCUUGUCAAUAUUGGUAGUUGGUCUGGAUUACCAAUAUUCAAACCACUCAAUGCAAAAAAUAAUCACUAUGUGGAACGAAGUUGACGAAAUUUUUGAAAAAUUAGAAACUCCUAAAAUAAAAUUUAUUAUUGGUGGAGUGGUAGUUCCGGAUCGAGAGAUUUGGAGCUCGCGGCUCACUCAUAAAACACCGAACGGUCAAUUAAUUGAGUACUACGAUGUUCCGUCGACAUUGGAGACAAUGGAGACCUGGUUCCGCAAUAACACACACGACUUUGAAGCGUUAUUCUACGAUAUGUUUGUCUACAUGUCAAAAUACCAGUUUAAAAAUCCAGCGAUCACGAUGGACGGUUCCUUUUUUAAUUAUAUUUUUGACCAGCCCAAGUGUACGAAUAUAGAGGAAUCUGAUAAUGACUGGAUCGCUAGAAGUGGAGGGCUGGUGUGGAAAGAACACGAGUUUGCUUUGAACGCUGCACAACUAAUCGCGAUGACACUAGGAAUUCCUCUGGACGACAUAUCAAAAUGUGGAAACACUCAUAUAAUGGGGGGGGGGGGGGAUGGAUGUUCACAGCGGCGACCCAACUUGGUCGGAAUGUUCCAAAGAAGCUUUCAAGAACAUCAAAAUCCCGACUACGACUGUUUGCAAUAUAUUGGUUACGAGGAAGAAGAUGAUUACGAUUAA